AGCGGCGGUUGGCGGCGGAGGGGAGGAAGAUGGCGGCGCCGGUUCCAGCCGUCACCCGGGCGACGCGGCGGACCCGGGGCCGGCAGCCCUGAGGGCCCGGCCUGGCUGCGGCGGGCGGCGGUAGUCAGGAGCUUUCCCUCGGAGCCUUUUCCCCACCACCACUAAAAUCUGUUGACUUGAAAAGCCUGCGGGUUCUUCAGGCACUUCUUAAAGCAGCCGAGAGCUGUGGAGAAGAGGAGGUAGCUCGGGAUGGGAACCACUGAUGCCACCCACAUCUGUGAAUGGGGGUCCAUGGAACCAGGAGAGGUGCCUGCAGCUGUGAAGUGGAAUGCCAUGGCCAGCUCCUCGGACAGUGAAGAUGAUGGUUUCAUGGCUGUGGAUCCAGAAGACGCCGUGGUGGAGGGGACGAUGGAGCAAGAUGAUGAGCCACACACUGAGCUGGAGGUGGAGGAGACCAGGCACAACAGAUCAAUGCUGGAGCUUCCUGAAGAGGUUUUGGAAUAUAUCCUCUCCUUCCUCUCGCCCUAUCAGGAGCACAAAACUGCUGCCCUUGUCUGCAAACAGUGGUAUCGACUCAUCAAAGGUGUGGCCCAUCAGUGCUAUCACGGCUUUAUCAAAGCAGUGCAAGAAGGAAACAUUCAGUGGGAGAGCCGCACUUACCCCUACCCUGGCACCCCCAUCACCCAGCGCUUCUCACACAGUGCAUGUUACUACGACUCUAACCAGUCCAUGUACGUGUUUGGUGGCUGCACACAGAGCAGUUGCAACGCUGCCUUCAACGACCUCUGGAGACUCGACCUGAACAGCAAGGAGUGGAUCCGGCCCCUGGCAUCAGGUUCAUACCCUUCGCCCAAGGCUGGAGCCACACUCGUGGUCUACAAGGACUUGUUGGUGCUUUUUGGUGGGUGGACACGGCCGAGCCCUUACCCUCUGCACCAGCCCGAGAGGUUCUUCGAUGAAAUCCAUACCUACUCACCCUCCAAAAACUGGUGGAACUGCAUUGUGACCACCCAUGGCCCCCCUCCCAUGGCAGGACACUCCUCCUGUGUCAUUGAGGACAAAAUGAUCGUCUUUGGGGGUUCCUUGGGAUCAAGACAAAUGAGCAAUGACGUCUGGGUGCUGGAUCUGGAGCAGUGGGCUUGGUCCAAGCCCAACAUCUCUGGGCCCAGCCCUCACCCGCGAGGUGGCCAGUCUCAGAUCGUCAUAGACAAUGAAACCAUCCUAAUCCUCGGUGGCUGUGGUGGUCCCAAUGCACUGUUUAAGGAUGCCUGGUUACUGCACAUGCACAGCAACCCCUGGACAUGGCAGCCACUCAAGGUGGAGAACGAAGACCACGGAGCGCCGGAGCUGUGGUGCCAUCCUGCCUGCAGGGUGGGACAAUGUGUGGUGGUCUUCAGCCAAGCUCCCAGUGGGAGAGCCCCGCUGAGCCCCAGCCUGAACUCCCGCCCCUCUCCCAUCAGCGCCACGCCGCCCACCCUGGUCCCCGAAACACGGGAAUACCGCUCCCAGUCUCCCGUCAGGAACACGGACGAAGCUCCCUGUGUCAAUGGCCGCUGGGGCACCCUGCGGCCCAGGGCGCAGCGGCAGACUCCCUCUGGAUCCCGGGAAGGCAGCUUGUCCCCAGCCAGAGGGGACAGCUCCCCUGUGCUCAAUGGGGGCACUUUGUCCCCCGGUGCCACGGUGGCUGGCGGUGCCUCCUUGGAUAGCCCCGUGCAGCUCGUGUCACCCAGCACCCCUUCCGCAGCUGAAGGAUAUGACCUCAAAGUGGGGCUGGCCCUGGCGCCGCGGCGGGGAUCGCUGCCGGAGCAGAAGGAUCUCCGCUUGGGAUCCAUCGAUGGGAGCUGGGAACAGCGAGCGGGCUCCGUGCUGUGCCAGAUGGAUGCUGUGGAGGGCAGGACAGUCAGCGCCAGCCUGAGGAACCCCCCGGAGCACACCAAUGGCAUCCACACACCGCCCCACGUCACCGGCUCCCUCCCGGGGGCCGUAUCCCCCAGCGCGCUCAGGAGGAGCCUGGAAGCCGUCAAAGCCCUUUCCUCCAAAGGCCCCUCGGCCUCGGCAGCGCUGAGCCCUCCCUUGGCCUCCUCCCCGGGCUCCCCGGGCGCCGAGCCGGGCUCAGCACCGCGUCCUGGUUCUACCCAAGGGGACGGCCAUUCCUUACCUCCCAUCGCCCGGCGCCUGGGCCACCACCCUCCCCAGUCCCUCAACGUGGGGAAGCCUUUGUACCAGAGCAUGAACUGCAAACCCAUGCAGAUGUACGUGCUGGACAUUAAAGACACCAAGGAAGAAGGCCGAGUCAAAUGGAAAGUGUUCAACAGCAGCUCGGUGGUGGGACCCCCUGAAACCAGUUUACACACGGUGGUACAAGGCAGAGGCGAGUUAAUCAUCUUUGGUGGCCUCAUGGACAAGAAGCAGAACGUCAAGUACUACCCCAAAACAAAUGCCUUGUACUUUGUGCGAGCAAAGAGAUAAUGUGGCCCCAUCCGGCACCACUGCCUUCUCCCUUCCCUCCCUGCGCUCUUCCCUCUCCUUCCCAAGCCCUUCCCCUGUCCCGCCGGCAUUCAAACUGUGAAUUAGGGAGCAAGAAUCCAAUAAAAUCCAAGCAAAACCCUCCAGUGCUGCCCCACCGGUUCCCAGUGAGCCCCCAGUGUUUACAGGGGGGGGAGAACUCCCCCCCCCCCCACUGCUGCCAUCCAAGCCAAGGAUUUGGGGUGAGCCGGUAGGGAAUUGGGGACCUCCAGCCUCUGGAGGUUGGGUUUGUUCUAUCCAGGGAUUCGGGGAAGCUCCCGAACUCCUGGUCGGAUGUGAAUGAAAGCAGUUCUAGAGGAACACCCAAUUCCAGCAGGCUGGAGGCUGUUUGCUUGACUCCGUAAGGAAAACAACAGCAAUAUCCCGGCAGGAAUCUCCCUUGCACCAACCUUUGCUUGACACAAACACGA